AUGCCUGCGUACGCCACCAACAUGAGGAUGAAGUUCCCCAUCGUGGCCUUGGUUUUGGAGAUUAUCACCAUCAUCCUGUUCGCUGUGUUUGUGGUCUAUGAUGAUGGGAAAAGUCACGGGCAUGACGGGCAUGACGGGCAUGACGGGCACGACGCGCAAUCCAACGACACGCACACUGAGGAGAAAUCACCCAUGGAUCUCUACCCCAUGUUUCAGGACGUCCACGUCAUGAUCUUCAUCGGCUUCGGGUUCCUGAUGACCUUCCUGAAGAGAUACGGGUUCAGCAGCGUGGGCCUCAACUUGCUCCUGGCUGCCUUCGGCCUGCAGUGGGGCCUCCUCAUGCAGGGAUUCUGGCACAUGGAUGACGGCAAAAUCAAAGUCAACAUCUUCAAAAUGAUCAACGCAGACUUUAGCACGGCUACAGUCCUGAUCUCCUUCGGAGCCGUUCUGGGUAAAACCAGCCCGGUGCAGCUCCUCAUCAUGACCAUACUGGAGAUCACCAUCUUCUCCAUCAACGAACAUCUGGUGGUCAACAUCCUCGGAGCUAGUGAUGUUGGAGCAUCCAUGGUCAUCCACGCUUACGGAGCCUACUUCGGCCUGGCAGUGGCUCGAGUACUUUACCGACCAGGUUUAAGAAACGGACACGAGAACGACGGAUCUGUUUAUCACUCUGAUCUGUUUGCUAUGAUUGGAACCGUCUUCCUGUGGAUGUUCUGGCCCAGUUUUAACUCGGCCAUCGCUGAGACGGAAACCGAACAGCUCACAGCGGUGGUCAACACCUAUCUCUCCCUGGCCACCUGCGUGCUCUCCGCCUACGCCAUCUCCAGCCUGGUGGAGCACAAAGGAAAACUGGACAUGGUGCACAUUCAGAACGCCACCUUGGCUGGUGGCGUUGCCGUGGGAACAUGUGCUGACAUGAACAUUGGGCCAUUUGGGGCAAUGCUGAUUGGAUUAGUGGCUGGCAUCAUCUCCACUCUGGGCUUCAAGUUCCUCACUCCCAUCCUGGCAUCCAACCUGGGCGUCCAGGAUACCUGCGGUGUCCACAAUCUGCACGGCAUGCCCGGCAUCCUGGGCGGGCUGGCUGGUAUUGUGGCUGUGGCUCUGGGGAAAAAAGACAAAGGUAAUGCUGUCAUGCAAGCUGCUGCCUUGGCUUCAUCCCUCGGGUUCGCCUUGGUUGGAGGUGCUAUUACAGGUUUAAUAAUGAAGUUGCCGUUCUGGGGCCAGCCGCCAGACCAGAACUGCUUCGAUGACUCUCUUUACUGGGAGGUUCCCGAGGAAGAGGAGGAGAACGAGGAGAGCUUGGCUCACGCCGAUCACUCGAAGAACAAAGCAGAGGUUUAAAUAUCUGCUCGAGAAGUAAAUCAUUAAUCGGCUGCACCAUGUCUGCAGAUAUCAAUCUGUCAAGUAUAUUAAUGUGAUGAAAACAAAACUAGACGAUUUGCUCUACUCACCAACACAAGUCAAACUGUUUUGUAAGCAAAGAUAGCUACAGUAGUGUAUUUUUUUUUUUUUUAAAUUAGGAUGGGCAGAGAAAGUUUUACACAUUAGAAUCUCCAAAAUAUACAUGAGUACUUUCUAAAAAAUAAGAUUUGGUUAAUUCCAUUUACACUACGGAAAAAAAAAACUUUAAGAAUUUGAAACAGGGACCUUCAGGGAUUUUUUUUACACUGAAAAUUGUGAUCAAUAUUUUUUUAAAUCACGGUGGGUCAUAGAUUCACUGCUGAUACACACAACUACUUCCAUAAGAGCUUUCUUUAGGGCUGACCCGAAUGCUUCAAGGCUUCAACCGUUGCCAUGGUAAUCGACCUCCAAAUCAGUAUUCGAAUGCUUCAUUUUUUGUUGAUUUUUAGUAUUCAAUAAUAAAGUAUAUAUACCCCCAAAUAGUCCGUGAAAUAAGGAAUAAUCACACAAUAUUAUUCAUUAUUCAUAUUCAACAUUGCUCUGUCCAGGGCACUGAAUAUUUCUCUCAUUGAAGCUUCGAAGCCCAAAAGCUGGUAUUCUGGUCAGCCCUAUUUUUCUUUUGUUUCAUUUUUUAUAUUAUAAAAAAGCAUGUUUUUUUUAAAGAUAUUAGUAUAGUGUGUAUUUGUCUUCAUACGUUCUUUUAUAUUCCCAUACACCUGGCGUAUGUGUUUCUGCUGAAGCUGAAGGUCAAAAGGUUAGGAGGAGUUCAACCUGCUCUGAUCUGCUGCUUCACGUCACCUCACUGGAGCCCAGACCUUCUGCAAGGAGUCCGAGUCCGACAGCUCUGACAUGGGCAGGGAUAGUCGCAUCAUAUGUUGUCACUAAUUAACCUUCACAUUGCUUAUCUCCCACUGCUUACCAUCACUUUCUAUACACCUGAGGGCAGCUAACAUUUUCUUAAACGCAACGAGGAUGAAUGUGUUUAGCGUUUAUUAGAUUGGCUGUCACUGGGCGAACUGAAGUUAUGUGUUUUUAUCCUAUUUACAUCUAAUGUAUUCUUACAUGUACAUACAGUUUAGCUUUUAAAUGGAUCGACAUGGUCGGUUUUAUCAAAGUCCUGCAACUGGUACUGAGUACUUUUCAGAUGCCUUAAAAAAGAAUUCAACAGGAACUUACAUACUGAUAAAUACGAAAGGUAUGUGGCGUUUAUAUGAGGUGUGAAUGUGACAAUAAAUUAACUUUUUUACCAUUUUCUUUGUACCAUUAUAUCCUUUUUUUGUACCCAUUUUCGUCUUUCUUUAUAGAUGAGUUACUGUUGGAUUCUUUUUCAUUCUGAGUUUUGAAACGUCACACCUGCAACAAACCAGAGAGCAGCUGUUUCUUGUUUCUCAAUAUCUUUUUAAGCUGCAUACAAAGUGUCUGAGUGCUGAAGUACAGGUGUUUUAAUGUUUAACAUUAAAACUGCAAGGCUAGAUGGAACUGACUACACAUACAGUAAUGUUAAUCAAUAUUUUUUUAAUGAUUUAUGAUGUUCAGAACACUGAAACACAUCAAGAUUUUGUAUUUUUAUACAGUGGGCAUGUGCUCGUAUUUGUAUAAUAUACUAUUACUAAUACUGUCAUAAUAAAUAUGUUUUUUU